AUGCAGGUCAACAGCGUCGAAGAUUUUGGUGAUAGUAUUCCUGCUACGAGCAUCGUGACCACCCAGCCUGAGUCUGCUGUAUCGACCCCCGCCUCAGAACCUUCGGUACCAAAGCAGAGUACUAUCAAGAUCCAGAACCCGCCCGCAAAAGAAUCUCAGAAAGACGACUCCAUCACGGUCGCUCUGCGCCAGGCUGGUGAGGAGGCCGCCGCCAAAGCCAAAGAAAGCAAGGCCGAGAAGGCAACUCCAGCUGCUGAGCAGAAGCAGCCCCUCCCUCCAGCCGUCGAAGAGAAAAAGGAAGGAGGCGCAGACAGUGUACGUCGGAAAUCAUCGGUUGCUCCCGAGAUCGUUGAGGGGGCCAACCCAAAGCGGCCACCUCUGGUGCCAGAGGUUGCCGCGGUGUCCUCUGCCAAUUUUCAUGCUGAUAAUGCCGAAGCACUAGGAUUAGUUGAGCAUCAUCGUGGCUCCAUCGUUUCUGCCACGUCCCCGGAGGAAAAAGCGAAGGUCGCUCAGGAUAUCCGUAAGUCGAUUUCCGGCGGUCAUGCAGAGAUGCUGGAGUCGUUGCGCGACGACCAGGCGCAGAAAGCUGGUCAGGAGGAAACCAUUGAUGAAGAGUCAGAAAGUGGCGAGGCUGUCGAGGAUGCUAUGAAUCGAAAGGCAAAGAAACCAGGUUCUAGUUGA